CGUUCGCCAGCGCGGUCACACUGCAGAGCAGUACUAAAAUCGACGUUAACAUUUCUGAUCAAUUAAACUAUAGAAAAACCCGGCCGCAGAUCGCACACCGAGCGUACCGCCCUCGCCACGCCCACAGCCGCCCCCGCCGCCACGCCCCCUGGCGCGGGUCACAUCGACAGAGAGCCUCAGCGCGCGCGUGUGUGUGUGCCCAAGGAGAGGAAGAAGACGAAGAAGAAAAAAAAACAGGCAGGCGAAAAGCGAUAAGAAACGGAAUACACUGGAAGAAAAGAGCUGCGAUAAGAGCGGGGCGAGCGGAAGUAGCCAAGAUUCUGGGAUGGAUUAGUGGGCACAGCGGGACCUCGAGCUCAGCCAACAGUGGGAUAAGCAGGCACCAGGACCUGGAUCGGCAACGGGAACCGGAACGGAGCGAGGGCCAGCCAGCAGCAGCCAUGUCCUCGGCCGUGAACAUCCAGAUCGUCUCCAUGCCGAACCUGGCCAAGAUCGAGAGCUAUCUGAAGGAUGUCAGCUACCGGGAGACGAUCGAGUACAGCGCCAACUUCAACACGCGCCUGUGCAUCGAGCGCCGCCUCCGGCUGCCCUUCCUCGAUCCGCAGACGGGCGUCGCCCAGAACCACUCGCAACUGUUCCUGGACAAGCGCCAGCGGAUGCCCGGCUUCCGGCAGGGCCAGAUCUACACGUAUCCGGCGGCCCGCUGGCGGAAGAGCCGCCGCCAGUACUUGAGCAAGAUGUACAGUCGCUUUCCGGAGCGCCCCUUCCAGGCGCUACGCAAGGAGCACGAGGCUCUGGUGGCCAGCGGUGUGAAUCUGGGCCUGAGCAGCCUGCCCAGCGGCGUGGGCCCCCUGCCCGGCAGCAAUAGCCUGGCCAGCAGUUCCUCCCUGACGCUCAACAUGCUCACCGGCGGCGGAGCAGCGCCCGCGGUUCUGGGCUCCCUGCACAGCGACACUGCCCACGAUUUCAAUGGGGCCUUCAGCAUGGAGGAGUCCAGCUCGCUGGGUGCCGCCGGCGGUGACACAUCCGACAGCAAGGACAGCCAACAGCAGCAGCACCAGCAACAACAGCACCAGCAGCAGCAGGCCGUCAAGGAGGAGCAGCUGCCCAAGGAGUGGUUCUACGAUGACAUGGACAUGAACGAUGUGGACUCGCUGGAGGAGCCCAAGUCGCCGGCGGACGAUGAGUACGACUAUGAUCCGCGCUACGGGAACAAGAAGCGGCGCAAGCGACGGCCCGGCAAGCGGGCUGGCGACUCCGGUGGCGGCGGCGGUGGAGGCGGCGCCGGUGGCGGUGGCAAUUCCGGCGGCAGCUCCAGCUCGAGGCGGCGCAGUGCCGCGGUCAGGUCGCGCAUCACCACGACGGACGCGGCGCUGGACGCCUCGCUGGAGGCCAUCGAGUCCGGUGAGAGCGUGCCGGGCAGCAAUGGCGGCCCAGUCGCCGGCGGUGGCAUCCUCAGCGGCAGUCUGGCAGCCGGUUUGGCAGGUGCAUCCGCAGCCGGCGGCGUUGGUGGUGGAGCAGGAGGCGGCGGAGGAUCGGGAGCCUCGGCCAACAGCCGGCGAUCCCGGGGAGCGGGAACACGCGGCCGACGACGGGCCAAGGGACCGGCCGGCGCCGCUGGAGGCGACCCGUCGAGUCCCGGCAUGGUCAUCGAGCCGCCAUCCUUCGAGAGUGCCGCCGCCGCGGUGGGCGUGGUCGAGGACGCGAACGCCCACCUGCGCAACUAUCGGAAGUAUCUGUAACCGCUCUUUCGACGCCACCAUCUCGUCGUGUAACCAAUCAAACCCCUGUUUUCGCAUUGUUUUACCCCCCGCCUACCGACCGUGCACCCAUUCGCGCCUGAUUUAAAGCUACUCCAUGGACUUCAGUUGACCCGCGACAGCAGAAAGAACCGAAAACAGAAAUGAAAGUGUAAGGAAGAGAAUCAAAUACCAUUGUGGACCAGGAACCGAAACAGGAUAAGGAUCAGGAUCACGAUCAGAACCGCGCGUCAGGCCGUAGCCAAUACAAUUCCAAUGUUUCGCCUCUCUUAACUCUUAACUCUGUUCCCAUAGCCAAUUGAUUGUUGUUUUUUGAACUACCCGGGCACGGGCGAACUUCGCCGGCGGAAAACUGGCGAGUGCCUGUCUGGGACCAGUAUUCGGGGACACCUUGCCACUCUCCCAGGCGGUAAUGGGCGAUCCUAAGCCAUUGCGUCGGGGGAAGAGUGUGUCCCUGAGUGGUUUCCACUGUUCGUUCCCAGUUUUCUGCCGGGCAGUUCGCCCGUCCACACGAUUGUAUUGUACAUUGUGUAUGCGAGUGUACAGGCACUGCACCUACUAUAUAUUUACGUGCGUUAUGUUAGCGACUCUACUUAAGGCCCGUCCCCCGGGGGACCGGCUCCGCACCUAAUCGCAAUCUCUCGGUUUCCCUUCGCUGCAUGUCCUGUGCAAACCACUUUCUCCGCUGUCCCGCGACCCCCGCACAUAUUAUAUUCAAUUUUUAUUUAACCAAACGUUUAGUUGAAAGGAAGACGACACUUCAAAUUGUAAUCUAUUUAGGCAAGUGGUAGGGUAUCUCUAGCAUGUAGAAGAAGCUAAAAACAAUUUCGUAAAACCAAAAUUUUUUCUCUAGAAUCAUAAUUCUUAAGCUGGGCUGAAGAGACGAAAAACAAAUUUCUAGCUGAGGAAUGGAUAAGGAUAAAAGCAAAACAAAGAUCAAAAAGGGAAAAACUCAAAAAAAAGUUAUGUACAUUUUGGAAGAAUCGAGUCCACAAAAUUUUAACAGACGAGAGGCAAAAAUCAGACAAAAGCUAAGACCCACAAGAGGAGGCAAAAAAAAAUGGAAAUAGGUUUCUAAGAUGUUUUAAUAUAUUUUGUAAUAACAA